AUGACGUUUGGCACCUCCCAGAGGAGAAUGCCCGAGCUCACAUUGAAGGGAUUUUUGCGUCCAGGGGCCUUCGAUGACGAGAUGCCGCAAACAAAGAAAGAUGCCGACUCCGUGCAGAAAAUGCUCGAGCGGCUGCAGGGCAACGUGAGCGAAACAAAGCAGUCCGUGCAGCUGCAGGCCCAGAUGCCGCGCUCUGGCGGACCGCCGAAGGCUGUGUUCCCCGGAGCAGUGCCAGAGGUUGGGGGAGAUGACAUGCGAACGCAAGCGGACUUCCAGUUCGAGGCGCUCCUCUCGCGCGCUCAGGGCGCUGCGGACUCGGAGUCCCUGGAUCAGGUGGCCAGGGAGAUCCUCAUCAGGUUUCCGUCCUUCACAGCCCAGCAGUGUACCGAUCUCUGCCAGAAGAUGGACACUGCUCCAGCGCUCCGGGACCACCAGGGCGGCGACUUCCUGGCCGAGAUGUGCCGCUUGCUCGGGUCGCGGCUACGCGAGCUUGCGAGCAUGCAGUUCACCACGGCCUGCAGCACUGUUGCUGCGUGGUCAGCCGAUCCCAAAAGAAGACGGGCGCCACUCUUUGCCCAGCUAUCAAAGGUCUUUUUCACGGCAGCUGCAAAUGAAAUGUCUUCGCGUCUCAUGACGUUUGCGCCCCACGAGCUCAAUAGUUGCCUUGCGGCCUUCGUGUCUGUAGGCUUCUCGGAGCACAAAUUCUUCGCGUCUGUGGGCCGCGCAGCAUUGGCACGACACAGCAGCUUUGCACCCGUUCAACUUACCGCCUUGUUGGCAAUCCUGUCUGAGAUGAGAUUGGUGCACACGGAUCUGUUCAACGCAGCCGCCACCUUCCUCUCUUCGCGGACAAAGGAGUUGCGGCCAGUGGACAUUAUCCGAGUGCUGCGGUCGUUUGCCAAAUGCAACGUCCAGCACCAGGGCCUUUGCAGAGCGGUGGGAGAUGAGGUGGUCAGUCGCGUCAAGGGAGGUGUCAGCUUCCGCGCGGAGGAUCUGUGCGAGAUUACCUGGGCAUUGUGUGUCUUGGAGCAUUUCAAUCCAGACAUUUUCGAAAUUUUGCUGAAGGCGCUGAGAAAGGUGCCUGUGGUUCCUUCUGACGCGCUCACUCAGCUCUUUGAGUGCCACCUGGCCCUCGAGACAGAGCAGAAGAGCCAGUACCGGAGGUUCCGAGACCGAAUGGACCAGGAAACUGUGGAAGCUCUUCAGGACCAUUACCGGGAAGCCCGCAAAGACGAGAGGCGCUGUUCGGACAAGCACCGCAGCGAUGUGGCCUCCGUGCUGAAAUCCUUGGUCGAGGGUUCCGUGCACGUGAACCACCGAACAAGUUGUGGGCUUCUAGUUGACGUGGCAGCGCUGCGGAAGCGGAGCUCAACCGACGGCUUUGUCCAUGUUGACUUAGACUCCAACGUGACCUUCGUGAGGUCUCUCGAUCAUGAUGACCCGGCUACUGCAGGGAUCGUCAUUGAGGGUGCAGUCGCUCUCAGGCGGCGCAUACUUCAAAAGCAGGGUCUUCGGCUCGUCACAGUUCGUGAAAGCGAAUGGCGAGACCUCGAUGAGAGCAAGGCUGGGUAG